CUCAAUACUAUAACAAAUUGUAAAAAUAUGUAAUUAUUAAAUAAAACAAGUGUUCCACAAAUACGUGCCUGCGCAAAUAUUGAAAGAAAUUUUUUUAUUAUUUUAUUUAUCUUCUCAUUCCCAAUUCAAUAAACAAUCAAAAAAUAAUAUUCCUAUUCUUGUCCAAUAAUUCCUUUAAAAAAUUUUUAAAAUCCCCUAUAUACAAUUAUCAAUGCUCUUCCUUCCCUUAACUAUCGCAAUCAUUUAUUUUAUCAUUUUAACCAAAAGUCAAGAUCCCUUAUCCUUAUCACAAGCAGAAGAACCCCGGAGAGGGUCUAAUAGACUAAUUACUGCGGUUAGACCAAAAGGGACUACAUCAACCUGGAGAAGUAAGCAGACAACUCCUCGACCUUCUCGGUAA